CGUGUUAUUCAAGAGGUUGUCAUAUAUGAAUGCGCUCUUCCCAAGUCCUCGAUAACCUCCCCAUCAACUAUCUCCUCUCAUCUGAGCAUAGUACAACAUUCGUUUUGGCUGUAAUCCAGGCAUGAGCAAGAGUGAAUUUGAAACGAUGUCGAACGCUCCCGAAGACUUCAGCAUCCGAUCUCCAGUUCCUCAAUACCAAGCAAUGCAUACUCCCGCAUCAACUGCCAUCGGCAGCCACGACAUCGCCGGACCCAAUGUCAAAUACUGCCACGUCGUUCACUGCAACCAUGGAGAAUCUCUCGGCGAAGGCUCCCGGGCCAACGUCGUGCCCGUUGCCCUUGUGGAGAGAUGGCCUGCUUUGAUCGAGUGCCCUGCUUGCAAGGGGGUCACUCCCACCACGACGGACCAUAGAAUUGGCAAAGGAGCGCACUGGAUGGCCGUUAUGCUCUUCUGCACCACCGGUGUUGGUGUGUUCGCUCCGUACGCCAUGAGGCCAUUCAAGGACGUCGUUCACAGCUGCCAGCGCUGCGGACGCAAGGUAGCGACUCGGCGAUUCGGCGGUGGCACCAAAGCGCAUCUUAUGUGAAAUAGGGAUUCAUGAUCGGAUUCGGGGGUCAUGCCAUCGUGUCAUCGUGUACCCUUAGACGACUCUUUUUUUUUUCUUUUUGGCCCCCGGUGUAAAUGAGAUACGACUGGUUCGUCAUGCACCAUCUUUUAAGUAAAUCUAAGCUUCAUUCCAUUCCGUU